ACGCCACCCAAUCCACAUCCAACAAGAACCACCUCAACCCCAAUCCACUAUCACUUCACCAGGUGGCGCUCUAUAAAUGCCAACUCGCUAACACUUCCCCCUCCGUCCACUCCACCACCGAGCAACCCCAGCUUGCUCUACAUUUACGAGAACGCCCUUCAUAUAGGAAAAGAAAAAAAACAAAAUAAAAUUACAAAAAUAUCCAAAUGCAAAGCCCACUGUUAACCAGAAGCACCUAUUGGGCCAAAACACCAUUGUUUUUUACGCAACUUCAGAAUCAUCACAACCGCACUCUCUUUUCCUCUCUGCUCAUUACACACAAAAAGCUCUUCAAUUUCAAUUUCAAUAACACCAAAAAAAUUAAAAGCAGAAACAGAAAUAAUUAUAAGAGCAACAAAAGUGCCAUGCCUUGUUCUUCCAUUAGCACUGUUUCAGGUGCUAGUGGCGUUGGAGAAGACAAUGGUUCUAUUCGUAAUUUCAAGCUAAACGAGUCAACUUUCUUAGCUUCACUCAUGCCUAAGAAGGAGAUUGGCGCUGAUCGAUUCAUCGAGAAUCAUCCUCAGUUUGAUGGCCGUGGUGCAAUUAUCGCUAUCUUCGAUUCUGGAGUUGACCCUGCUGCUGCUGGAUUACAAGUGACCACUGCUGGAAAACCGAAAAUCCUCGAUGUUAUCGAUUGCACUGGAAGUGGAGACGUUGAUACUUCAAAAGUGGUGAAAGCUGAUGCUGAUGGUUGCAUUUGCGGGGCUUCGGGAGCUUCACUGGUUGUCAAUUCCUCGUGGAAAAACCCUUCGGGUGAAUGGCAUGUUGGUUAUAAGUUGGUAUAUGAGCUUUUCACUGACACUUUAACUUCUCGUUUGAAGAACGAAAGAAAAAAGAAGUGGGAUGAGAAAAACCAGGAAGAAAUUGCUAAGGCUGUAAAGCAUCUCGACGAAUUUAAUCAGAAACAUUCCAAUCCUGAUGAUGUAACCUUAAAGAAGGUUAAAGAAGACCUACAAAGCAGAAUUGAUUUACUACGGCAGCAAGCUGAUAGCUAUGGUGACAAGGGACCUGUCAUAGACGCUGUUGUAUGGCAUGAUGGAGAAUUAUGGAGGGCUGCUCUUGACACACAAAGUCUUGAGGAUGACCCAGAUUGUGGAAAGCUCACAGAUUUUGUACCCCUGACAAAUUAUAGGACUGAAAGGAAAUUUGGUGUGUUUAGCAAGUUGGAUGCAUGUUCAUUUGUCCUUAAUGUGUAUGAUGAGGGAAAUAUCUUAAGUAUAGUAACUGAUUGCUCCCCUCAUGGCACUCAUGUUGCUGGUAUUGCUACUGCCUUCCACCCAAAGGAGCCAUUAUUGAAUGGAGUUGCACCUGGAGCUCAGCUUAUAUCAUGCAAAAUUGGAGAUUCACGUUUAGGUUCUAUGGAGACAGGCACUGGCUUGACAAGGGCUCUAAUCGCUGCUGUGGAGCAUAAAUGUGAUCUCAUCAACAUGAGUUAUGGAGAGCCUACUUUAUUGCCUGAUUAUGGCCGCUUUGUUGACCUUGUUAAUGAGGUGGUAAAUAAGCAUGGUCUUAUAUUUGUGAGUAGUGCUGGUAAUAGCGGUCCAGCAUUAAGUACUGUUGGUGCUCCUGGUGGUACAACUUCCAGCAUUAUAGGAGUUGGUGCAUAUGUUUCUCCUGCAAUGGCUGCUGGUGCUCACUGUGUAGUUGAACCUCCUCCUGAAGGACUUGAAUACACUUGGUCCAGCCGAGGACCAACAGUUGAUGGAGAUCUUGGAGUCAGUGUGAGUGCUCCUGGUGGGGCUGUUGCACCGGUCCCUACAUGGACUCUUCAAAAACGCAUGCUCAUGAAUGGAACAUCGAUGGCAUCACCAUCUGCUUGUGGCGGAAUUGCAUUACUUAUUAGUGCAAUGAAGGCUGAGGGCAUUCCUGUAAGUCCAUACAGCGUUAGGAAGGCUCUUGAAAACACAUGUGUUCCUGUAGGUGAUUUGCUGGCAGAUAAACUAUCGACAGGACAAGGGCUUAUGCAAGUUGACAAAGCACAUGAAUAUAUACAGAAGUCUAAGAGCAUUCCAAGUGUUUGGUAUAAAAUAGAAAUCAAUCGAUCUGGAAAAUUAACUCCUACUUCACGAGGCAUCUAUUUGAGGGAGGCUAGUGCUUGUCAACAACCUACGGAGUGGACAGUGCAAGUUGUACCUAAGUUUCGUGAAGGUGCCAGUAAUUUGGAAGAUUUGGUUCCUUUUGAGGAGUGCAUUGAGGUACAUUCUACUGAAAAGUCAGUUGUCAUGGCUCCUGAGUACCUUCUACUUACUCAUAAUGGGCGCAGCUUCAACAUUGUGGUUGAUCCUACCAAGCUAAGUGAUGGUUUACAUUAUUAUGAAGUGUAUGGAGUUGAUUGCAAAGCACCAUGGCGUGGUCCCAUUUUCAGGAUUCCAAUUACCAUAACAAAACCUAUGACUGUAAAAAAUUGUCCUCCAGUUGUUUCAUUUACAAGGAUGUCAUUUCAGCCAGGUCAUAUAGAAAGGAGAUUUAUCGAGGUGCCACUUGGUGCUAGUUGGGUUGAGGCAACCAUGCGAACAUCAGGAUUUGAUACCACUCGACGAUUCUUUGUUGACACUGUUCAGAUUUGCCCCCUGCAAAGACCAAUCAAGUGGGAGAGUGUUGUGACAUUUUCUUCUCCUACUGGCAAAAGCUUUGAAUUUCCUGUUGUGGGUGGUCAGACAAUGGAAUUAGCUGUUGCUCAGUUUUGGUCAAGUGGCAUAGGAAGUCAUGAAACCACUAUUGUGGACUUUGAGAUUGUGUUUCAUGGGAUUGACAUCAAUAAAGAGGACAUUGUGCUUGAUGGAAGUGAAGCACCUGUCAGAAUUGAUGCUCAAGCUCUACUGGCAACGGAGAAACUUGCCCCUGCUGCCAUUUUAAAUAAGAUAAGAGUUCCAUAUCGACCUAUUGAUGCUAAACUUAGCACUCUCACAGCGGAUCGUGACAAACUGCCCUCAGGGAAACAGACACUGGCCCUGACAUUAACUUACAAGCUGAAAUUGGAGGAUGCAUCAGAAAUAAAGCCUCAAAUUCCAUUACUCAAUAAUCGCAUAUAUGACAAUAAGUUUGAGUCACAAUUUUAUAUGAUUUCUGACAAUAACAAGCGCGUGUAUGCAAUGGGUGACGUCUAUCCAAAAUCAUCAAAACUUCCCAAGGGUGAAUACAAUUUACAGCUGUAUCUAAGGCAUGACAAUGUGCAAUAUUUGGAAAAAAUGAAGCAGUUGGUAUUGUUUGUUGAGAGAAAUUUGGAUGACAAGGAUGUUAUUCGACUAAAUUUUUUCUCUGAACCCGAUGGACCUUUGAUGGGAAAUGGUGCUUUUAAAUCCUCAGUUUUAGUUCCAGGGAAGAAAGAAGCAAUUUACUUGGGUCCACCAGUGAAAGACAAGCUUCCAAAGAAUGCUCCACAAGGAUCUGUACUGCUGGGAUCAAUCUCAUAUGGAAAACUAUCAUUUGUUGGUCGAGCAGAAAGGAGAAAUCCACAGAAAAACCCUGUAGCUUAUCAAGUCUAUUACAUAGUGCCUCCAAUUAAGGUUGAUGAGGACAAAGGAAAAGGAUCUUCUUCAAUUAGCUCUAAAUCUGUUUCCGAACGUCUGGAUGAAGAGGUACGAGAUGCAAAGAUAAAAGUUUUUGCAAGCCUAAAGCAAGACAAUGAUGAAGAACGCUCAGAAUGGAAAAAGUUGUCCAUCUCCCUUAAGUCUGAAUACCCAAAUUUUACACCACUGCUUGCCAAGAUUUUGGAAGGCUUGGUUUCUGUGAGUAAUGCCGAGGACAAAAUUUCUCAUGCUGAAGAUGUUAUACGCGCAGCAAAUGAGGUAAUUGAUAGUAUUGACAGAGAUGAGUUAGCGAAAUUCUUUUCCCUCAAGAAUGAUCCAGAAGAGGAGGACGCAGAGAAAAUGAAGAAAAAGAUGGAGACAACCAGGGAUCAAUUAGCAGAGGCAUUGUAUCAAAAAGGGCUAGCCAUUUCAGACAUUGAACAUCUGGAGGAUCCGACAUGGAUAUUUGUUGAAGUGUCUGAUUAUGCCAAAAGUCAAAACGUAGGAUACAUGGGCACAUGUUCAGAGGUGGGACAGAAAGCUGAAGCCAUAGCUGUAACAGAAGGCACCAAAGACAUGGACAGGACAGAUGACAAAUCUGCAGUAGGUGCUGCUGGCCAGGCAGAUCUGUUUGAAGAGAAUUUUAAAGAACUAAGAAAAUGGGUUGAUGUUAAGUCCUCUAAAUAUGGUACCCUCUUAGUGAUUCGUGAAAGACGGCGUCGAAGGCUUGGGACGGCUCUAAAGGUGUUGAAUGACAUGAUUCAAGAUAACGGGGAUCCUCCAAAGAAGAAGCUUUAUGAACUGAAACUCUCAUUGCUUGAUGAGAUUGGAUGGAGUCAUUUGGCAGCGUAUGAGAGGCAGUGGAUGCAUGUGCGUUUCCCACCAAGCUUGCCUCUGUUUUAAGGUUUAUAUAAAAGAUUGGGCAUAUCCAACAUUUAAUAACUUUGGUUGGGUACGAUUCAACAGUUUGCUCAAUGUUCCCUCAUCAUAAUAAUAAUAAUAAUAAUAAUGAUAAAAUGACAUCUUUCUCCAAA